AGCGCCUAUCGCGCAGCAGAGGAGCUUCAAGAUGGCGCAAGCAAUAUUUGAAGUGCUUGAAGGCAUGGACAACCAGACAGUGCUGGCAGUCCAGUCUCUGCUGGAUGGCCAGGGUGGAGUUCCUGAUCCAAACAACCAGAAUGUCUCCGGGACGUCCUCUAUCCAGUCGAUGGACGACGAGGAUGUGUUCCUGUGUGGGAAGUGUAAGAAACAGUUUAAUUCUCUGCCAGCCUUCAUGACACACAAGAGGGAGCAAUGUCAGUCUAGCGUACCCUCCCUGUCCACAGUUUCUCUGGCCUCCACCAAUGCCUACACACCGGUCCCCUCAAUCAGCUCUGUACCACAGACUCCUGCCAACCGACAGGUGUCCACCUACAUCACAGUCCCUCCCUCCCCUCUGACACACACUCUGGUUCAAGGCAACGUGUUGGUCAGUGACGAUGUUCUCAUGUCGGCUAUCUCAGCCUUCACGUCCAUCGACCAGCCUAUGGCCACCAUGCAGGCGCCUGUACAGAGUAACCUAAGCAUGCACACAGCUGGUGUAUCUUACCUGCAGCACCAUCACCACCACCACCACCAUCACCAUCACCAUCACCAGCAACAACAACAACAGCAGCAACAACAGCAACAACAGCAACAACAGCAGCAACAGCAACAACAACAACAACAGCAGCAACAACAGCAGCAACAACAGCAACAGCAGCAACAGCAACAACAGCAACAACAGCAACAACAACAGCAACAACAGCAGCAGCAGCAGUCCUCCCACCCCCAGACGCCGGCACACCCCCUGCCAGCUGGACAGCCCACCCAGCAGCCGCUCUCCUCGCAGGUCCCAGCCAGCCACAGCAACUCAGUGGUGCAGGUGUACAGCACACUGCCCCAUAUGGCUGGGGGUGGUGGUGCAGAGAUCCACGCCUUGGGUCUGCAACCUUUCCAUCCUGUACAAGUGCCCAGUCAGUGUGUGGAGAGCCAGUCAUUCAACACCCCCCCUGUCUACAGCCCUGGGAAGCAGUGCACAAAAACAAAGACCUGCAGCAUCACCACAAACCUCACAGAGCUGGGAGACUUUGAAAAGGUCAUCAUCCCCAAACGAUCAAGGAGUAGCAAAAAAACCUCUGAUGGGGCCACAGCAGAGCAUCUGAAAGGAAAAGUACCAAAGCUGAAGUGUAAUUUCUGUGACAAAAUCUUCUCGAAAAACUUUGACCUUCAGCAGCACAUUAGAAGUCACACAGGAGAGAAACCGUUUCAGUGCAUCGUCUGUGGCCGAGCUUUUGCCCAAAAGUCCAACGUGAAGAAACACAUGCAGACACACAAGGUGUGGCCUCUGGGUGUGGCCAGCACAGUGUCCAGACUACCAAUCACAGUAAAGGUGGUACCAGUGUCAGCCAAUGAGGAGGAGGAGGGGGACGGGGAGCCGCAGCAGCGGCAGCAAGGUGAACCAGAGGAGGAGGAGGAGGAGGUACAGCAGCAGAACUGUCCAACACAAAUCGAAGAAGAGGAAGUUCAAACAGAAGCUCCAGGGGAGUUGGAGGAGAGUGCGGCUGAGGCUCGGGCUGAUCUGGAGGGCAGCCUUGGGGAGGACGCACAGAACGGGCAUCCUCAGGUACAGAUGCAGGUGCAGGUGCAGACCAACCAGGACCAACAGUGCCAAGCUCAGACCAAACAGAUAGUUGUAAUAGACAGCUCCUACCAGUGCCAGUUCUGCACCAGCAAGUUCAAGACCUACUUCCAGCUCAAGUCUCACAUGACCCAGCACAAAGGGGAACAGGUUUAUAAGUGUGUGUUGAAGUCCUGCUCCCAGACCUUCCAGAAGUUGGAUCAGUUCCUGGAGCAUACCAGGACACACCAGGAGCAGCUGACCUACCGCUGCCACCUCUGCAGCAAGGUGUUCCCCUCACUGUUUGAACUGGGAGUCCACCAGUACUCCCACUGCUUCUGCCCACAACAAAAUACACGCAAGGAAACCACCAUCUACAGGUGUGUGAAGUGUCAAAGCAGAUAUUCUACCCAAGAGGCAUUGGAACAACAUCUACUGACGGCCUCCCACAACUUUCCCUGCCCACAUUGUCAAAAGGUUUUCCCGUGUGAAAGGUACUUCAGACGCCAUCUCCCUACUCAUGGCGUUGGAGGAAGGUUCAAGUGUCAGAUCUGCAAGAAAGCCUUCAAGACAGAGCACUACCUCAAACUGCACACACGCAUUCACUCAGGUGAAAAGCCAUACAAAUGCCCCCUCUGUGAGGCGACGUUCAACAGGAAAGACAAAGUGAAGCGACACAUGCUCAUCCAUGAACCCUUCAAGAAAUACAAGUGUCCCUUUAGGACACAUGUAGGCUGCACCAAAGAAUUCAACAGACCAGACAAACUCAAGGCCCACAUUCUGUCACAUUCUGGUAUCAAACCCUACAAGUGUCUUUUUUGUCAGAAGGCGUUUAGCCGCAGGGCCCACAUGCUGGAGCAUCAGCAGUCCCACACAGAUAAUUACCGCUUCAGAUGCUCCACCUGCAACAAGGGAUUCACCAGACAGAGCUAUUACAGAGAUCACAAAUGUCCUGCAGCACGAAACAGGACAGGAAGUGAAGGAGGGACGGCAGAGGGAGACGAGGGCGGGGGAGUGCUGAUGGCAGAGGAGAAGGAUGGAGAGGACGACGGGAGAAGGAGCAGGAACGGGGGAGAUGAGGGAGAGAAGGAUGACAGCUCAGAGGGCAGCCAAGAGCAGGUGGAAACAAACGGGGAGGAGGAGGAAGAAGAAGAAGAAGAGGAGGAGGAGGGAGAGGAGGAGGAAGAGGAGGAGGAGGGGCGGAGGACUGAUGAGGGUUGUGAGGCUGCACUGACUAUCACCACCAUUGAAGGGCAGCGGGACAGAGAGGAGGAGGAUGACGGGAUGGAACAUGGUGGCGUGGCACUGGAGCAGAUUCAGAGCAAUGACCAAAACUGUUUGCAGCAGCCAUGUUUGUAGUUUUAACCAUUAUCUUUGUAGGAAUAUUUCCUGGAUACGGACCAAACAAACUAAGCUAUCCAAUAUUUAAAGAGUCUGGGAAACUAUAUCAUUAUUUGUUUUAAAUUAAAACGUUAUUUAUAUUAUACACACUGCUUUUACUUCUUUAACUGUAAAGUAAGUACAGUAUGUUACCUGGUAGAUCUGAAUUGUCAAAAUAACCAGUGGACUAUUUCCAUGUACUCGUGUACAAAUGUUGUUAAGCCACAGUGGUUCAUUUAAAAUGUCGACAUUUUUAUUUAUUUAAUGUUGCAAAAACUAAAUCAUUUUAACUUUGUCUCAAAGUAUCUUUGGGGUGGCUGUGGUAGCGUGGUCGUCCUCCGGUCGGAAGGUCGGCAGUACGAUCCCCAGCCCCUGCAGUCAGCAUGUCAAAGUGUCCUUGGGCAAGAUACUGAUGACCAACGGUGUGUGAGUGUGUGUGUGUGAGUGUGUGUGAAUGGUUAUUCUACUGACAAGCUGAUGUACAAUCUGUCUAUGGGUGAAUGACAUGUGUUGUAAAGUUCUUUGAGUGAUUGGAAAGAUUGGAAAAGCGCUAUAUAAAAGCAGUCCAUUUGUGUUCAUAUAAAUGUUCUUGAAUUUUUACAAAGAAUUCCAUCCUCUGAUACUCUUUUUCUGUUACGUAUGAUCAGUUUGACAUUGUUUGUUGUAUUUAUUGGGGAGCCCACUUCCCUCAGCUUCCCUGGUUUUCUUCUACUGCAGUUGGUGAUUUCUUAGAUUUCUGAGACUAGCUGGAGGGAGCACUAAGAAAAAAGUAAUAUUCAGAAAUAUUGAUUUAGUUAUGCAGACAUUCUACCAUCCAUCAAGUCCACAAAGGGCUCAUGGGGACGUGAAAACAUGGUGAAAUAACCAAAUGUUGUUAAUACAAAUGGCCUAAAUGUAGAAUAUUAUUACAUAUUGAUUUUAAAUAAAUAUGUAUGCUGUAAUGCGCUUUGUACUCAUGCAUACUAGGUCUAAAUCUUUUCAGGGUCAGACUGUCUCUCUUGUCACAGAAGUGAAGCUCUACGCCAUGUAGAUGUUUCAUGUGAGUACAGUUUAGCAUCAACUGUGUUAAUGAUAGUUCAAGUAAAGGACAUUUUCACGAUGAUAGUUGUAAUUGGGAUAAGUGGCUAGACCAGGGGUGUCAAACUCAUUUUAGUUCAGG